AUGGCUAUCGAGAAGAUCAUGCUGAGUCCAAUUAAUCGGAAAAGGAUAAGGAAUGGAUAUGAAGUGGAUGGUGUGCUUGAAGGAUACAUCUUCGGUGAAGUGGAAUCACCAGAUAAACUGGCUAGUAAGAUCCGCGCUCAAUUUACACCGGCACUGAAGUUCUCACACAACCACUUCUACUUCUUCUGCUCUUAUCUGCAUCUCCUACCGAAAUAG